UUGACCAUUAGUUGUGUGGUUGACCAAAGUUGUUUAGCAUCACCCUACUUUAUAUUAGUAUAAGAUGGUUGGAAAAGUGCCCAUAUUUGGAAAAGUAUCCAGUAGUAUCACUGGACACAGAUUUUAAACUCUCCCUGAACUGAACUAUAAUUCAGCUGUGCGUUAGAGCUCAUUCGAAUGCCUUCAGGUACCCCCAAGCGCUAUAGUUGUCGAGACAGCGUUGCAAUGAAUCUACUGCCAAGCUCAAUCGAAGGGAAAGUAGAGACUCUGGAUUAUAUUGCUGAAUUUGAGGAUAAAGAUAAUGUGAUUUUGUUGGUGUCGUCUGUAAUAUCAACGAUUUCAUACAAUAGCGCCGUCAACCCACCAGGCGGCGUGUGGCAGAAUGACACACCACUUCACAGUGCUGGGCAUGUCGUGAUUGGAUAUACUCAUCCAAGUGCUUACAUAUUUUUGAUGUUUUCUAACACCUUAGCAUUGAGUCUAGCUCUCCUCACAAUCUUCCUCGUCACCGCUCAAUGGACAUCGAAAAAACUACUUCUAUCACGAGCCGUCUGGUAUUCGAUGUGGGUGUCCCUGAUAGCUGUCCCUGCAAAUUUUGCAGCAUCAACACUGGCAAUCGCUCCCAGCGGGAAAUCAAAAGCCUUUAACGACGCCGUUUUGUGUUGCACGUUCCUCCCUAUAGGCUUGGCAUUCCUUUUGGUGAUUAUGAUCCAAAUAUUUUAUUAUGAGGAAAACAUAAGACAGCUGGGAGUGAAGCUGAGGGUGCUGUGGCAGAAUGUUAAGAGAACUGUGGGCGUAGGUGAGGGUAUUGGGACAGAAGCCGACAAUGGCACUGGGACAGAAGCUGAGGGUGUUGGGACAGAAGCUGCAGAUGGUUUGAUCGGAUUAUCUGCGUCAAUUGUUACUCCAAUCAUUUUGUACAGCUGAAAAUUGAUCAUCCGGCGCUGGAAGGCUCAUAUCUAGUAGAUCAGUGAUGUGGCGCUGUUGUCGCCAGCAGUAGAGCUGUUACGCGGAGCCAAUGUCGGGGAAGCUUAUGUUCGGCGGAGCCUGCGUCGUCGCCACCGUGAUCAGCGGCGAAAGCUGUGAAGAGCAGUGGGUUUGUGCGGUGGUUUCCAGCUAUUGUGGGAUUUCGAGAUCUAAAAUUACGAGUGAGGAUGGCUCGGAGUUGUGGUGAUUUAUUCGUCGGAGGAAUUUGGAUGACCGUAAUUGAUGACCCUCUUUACUUGUUAUACCGUCUGAAUUUUGGUGAAAUUUUAGCGAUCGUUGUUCGAGCUGGAGGAUGCAAUGUUUAUCAAUGUGCUAGGAGCUACAAGGUUUAUGAUUGUCCAUGAAGUAUAGUUUAAAUUAUCGUAAUUGAUGCAUCUGUUAACAUGUUUUUUGAGAAUUGCAAUAUUCAUAGUCUUUUGUUUGGGGGAAAAUAUCCCAUCUAUGAUUUAGAUUGCUGAUAGAAUCAGGGAAAAUAUCUCACUUAUGAUCUCAAAUUGCUGAAUAUCUGUAAUCUCACAUUGAAUCUCUAUGAUCCGACUUGAUGGUACAUCAUCUGAACUCUUUAAUUUCCUUUAAUUUCCCA